UGAUUUUAAGAGCUGUGCAAAGAUGAGAUUCAUGCAUCCUAGAUUUGCACCACCACAAGGACUGCCUUUGCGAGAGUCAUUAACAUCAAGGGAAUUUGAGCAGAAUUAUAUCACUACAAGGAACUCUCAAAGGCCUAGGUGGGAUUCCUCUGCAGAAUUUUACAAACCAAGAUGGGCAGAGCAGCCUACUUCUAUGUGGAUGGGUAAUCAAACAUUAAUCUGCAUGUUGUGCAAAAUAUUUCAAUGGAGGACGAUGAUGAGAAAAAAGCCUACGCUUCUCCAACAUCAUCUCCUCCAACACCAUCUCCUCCAACACCUCCCUCUCCACUUCCAAUUAGUGUAGGACCCGGCAACCAAAGGUACACAUUCUCGCCGUCUCCCUCCCCUUCGCUGCCUUUCUCUCAGCCUCCCUCGAGCCACGCGUCCGCGGAGAACCUCCCUCUUCUGCCUCAUGGUCAGAAGCUCCCUAGUAGUCCUGCAGCACCAUCACCAUUCUCGUUGGAUUAUCAGAGACCACCCGAGGAUUCGGAUUCCAAAAGCUCAUGCCUUGUAGACUUGUUAGCGUGGUUCAUAGAAAAAUGCUGCAACUGUGGUGCUAAGUCUCAGUAGAUUUUUCUCAUUACAAAUACAAAAUGGAAACGCAAAAAACAAAGAGAAAAUCAGGAGCAGUCAAACUGUAAAGCUGUAAUAUAUGUUUGCUUGCAUUUGGGUUUUACUUUUACCUCCAGGGAUUUGGAUUUACCAGAGAUUUGAAGCUGCAAGUGAUUACUUCUAACACAUCCUUGAUUUCUGCUAACUGACCAUUACGAUUCAUCUCUCAUCACAUGGGUUUUUUUUUUACCCCUCAACUAGUUGAAGACCUGCAUGCAGUGAAAGUGAAUGAGUAUGUUGAUCUUAUUUUGUAACAAUUUAUAUUCUUUGUGACAAUUAAUUUUCUGAUUGAAAAUCGGAGAGAUGAGAUUCUUGUCACUGUAAAUAUUUGCUUUGUCAUUAUUGAGAACGCAGAAAAAAU